UCUGCGGACCGCGGUACCAUGGCCACUGCCCGCCUGCUCGCGUUGCUGCUGCUCCUCGUGGGCGCCCUCGCCGCCGCUGCGGAAUCGAUCCGAGAGACUGAAUUCAUUGACCCCCAAGACCUCGUAGAAGGCCGAUACUUUUCUGGAGCCCUACCAGACGACGAGGAUGUUGGGGGCCCUGGGCAGGAACCCGAUGACUUUGAGCUGUCUGGCUCUGGAGAUCUGGAUGACUCAGAGGACCCCCAGAUCCUUCCUAAAGUGAUCCAACCCCUGGUGCCUCUAGAUAACCAUAUCCCUGACAGGGCAGGGCCUGGCAGCUGGGUCCCCAGUGAACCCAAGGAAUUGGAGGAGAACGAGGUCAUCCCCAAAAGGAUCUCGCCCUUCGAAGGGGACGAGGACGUGUCUAACAGGGUGUCCAUGUCCAGCACUGCGCAAGGCAGCAGCAUCUUCGAGAGGACCGAGGUUCUGGCAGCUCUGAUCGUGGGUGGCGGUGUGGGCAUCCUCUUCGCCGUGUUCCUGGUCCUGCUGCUGGUGUACCGCCUGAAGAAGAAGGACGAAGGCACCUACGACCUGGGCAAGAAACCCAUCUACACAAAAGCCCCCACCAACGAGUUCUAUGCCUGAAGUGCCCACCUGGGCACUGAUUGGCUUGGACCUCCACAGGGGAGGGAAGCCGAAGGAUUUGGAAGGAUGGACAUUAGGGUAGGGGGAGGGCUACCUAAUACUGACCUUUCAGCAUCUCCAGCUCUGAUAAUGUUUCAAGUGUCGGAAGAGACAUCAUCUUCUGUUCCCUGCCUCUUCUUGAUUCUCUGGGCCUCGGUUGUCCUGGCAGAAAAAUAGGGUUAUCCUUGGCCUUGCUGAAGGCAGGUCUGGGAUUGGAUCCUUUCUUGAUCUUAAACUUAAAAUGUGGGCCCAGCUUACAGCCUGUCCUGAACCUGCCUCACCCAGAGCCCCUCGGAAGCCGGGAAGGGAGUCCUGCUGGAGCUCUGCCCCCAGCAGCCUUCUCCCUCCCUCUUGUGAAAAGGAGCCAGGAGAAGGAACUAGAACCAUCUGCACCUUGAGACGCGUCCAUCCAAGGGCACUUGUGACCACACUACAGGAGUCUGUGGCACACCUUGGGCCAUUCUCGGCUCUUUCAAGUUGACUUUUUGGAAAUCAACCUUUUUUAUUUGGGGGAGGGCGUGGGGAAGGAGGGAGGCUGGGUAGAAGAAGUCCAUACUAGAACGGAUUUGCAGAGUAUUUGUAAAUCUACCUUAAGCGGGGUAGUUUUUUCUGAUUGGUUCAUUCCUUGGUGUAGGGCCUCUGCCUGGGCAAGAAUGUGCCGAUGCCAAGACCUUCUCCGCUUUCUUGCACUUUCCACAGUACCUGCGAAGUUUCUAUUUAAUGGCUUUUUAAAAUUUUGUUUCCCGAAAAUGAGAGAAGAGAUGGAGA